AUGGCAUCUACACAGCAAAAAUUUCCUAAUGACCCUAUAUUUACUCAAUUUCGCCGACUCUCCACGGAAAAACCUGGAGAUUUCAUCCACGAUGACCACCACGGAAUCGAUGCAGGAUAUGGCCAUUUAAUAAGGGAUAUUAAGCAUCUAUGUCAUGUGUUGCAAGAGCAUCUUCCAAGAUCUUCGUUCAACGAGAAUGGCACUUUUCAUGAACCUGCUACGUCUAUCGCGUUCCAUGCAUUAAGUGGAUAUUGCUUCAUUGUGAGUUUCUUCGCCAUUGCGGCUCUAGGAGGUGUCUGCGUACCAUUAGCAAAUGGCCUUACCCCGGAUGAAGCGCUAUACAUUUUGAACAAAACAAAGGCAACACACAUCCUAGUAGAUGAGAGUACUUUCGAAAAUAUUACAGCGGUUAGGGAUCAUGCUGUAAACCAAGCAGGCCAAGAGUUGAACAUUAUCACUAUUACAAGGGCAGACUCGGAAUCAGACGCAACGUAUACACCGGAAUUAGAGAUCAAUGAUGAGCUAACGUUCUCACCAACAAUGGGAUGCCUGGUACUCUUUACUUCAGGGACAACAGGGCCACCUAAAGGAGUCGUUCUCCCUCGCCGGACGUUUUAUCUCAAGCCAGGUGAGUUUGACCCUACGGUCCUCUAUCUGGCUUCCAGCCCCGUACAUUGGGUAGGAGGUACGGGUCUUAUCGACAGUGUACUUAAUGGAGAGGGUUUACAUAUAAUCAAGUUUGGUUCUGGGCCAGACAGGUUCUGGGAGAUUUUAAGAGAGGGCAAGAUUACAGAAAUGAGCGUGUCUCCGACACUGUUAAGGGAACUAAAGGCUUACUACAUUGAAAACAUCAGCGAACUCCCAGCUGAAGAUCGAGACAAAUAUAUUAAUGGAGCUCGAAGCCUACAGGCGGUGUACACGAGUGGUUCAACGCUUCAUCCUUCUACUCAACAAUUCUUUGCAGAUCUUACCGGUAUGCCUAUCAUAAAUGCGUUCGGGAUAACUGAGAUGGGCGGAGGGUUAAUGCUCACUCCAUCGGGAUCGGCCUUUGUGGAAGGCUAUGUUGGUAAGCUGAUUCCAGGGGUAACUGUAAAACUGUCAAAUGGUGAUCAUGGAGAAAUUCUCGCCAAAAGUCCAAACAUGUUCACACACUAUAUUGGCGACGAAGAAGCUACAUGUGCAGCAUUUGACGAUGAAGGGUUUUACAAAACAGGGGACCAUGCUCACCGUGUUGGUGACGACUACUAUUUCGAUGGUAGGGUUUCAUGCGACUGGAUUCGAUUCCACGAGUAUACGAUAUCUGUCCUAGAAGUCGAGCACUGUCUGAUGGAUCUUCCCUAUAUUUCUGAGUCACAUGUACUUCCGGUCCUGGAUCGUGAGGCGGGGGGACAGGUGGCUGCACUUGUUAGACUUCGAAAGCAGGAUACAUACAGAGAUAGAAGUGAAGUCGUCUCCCUGCGGACGAUACGUGCAGAGCUUGCUGCCUCUGGUAUGGUUUCAUACAAGUUGCCUACGUUGUUACGUGUACUCCAGGAUGGGGAACAAGUCCCCUUAACUGCCUCUGGUAAAGUGAUGAAGAAGGAAUGCCUCCGGAAUUAUUUCAACGUAUCUGGAUACUUGCCAGAGCCGUAUGCUAUGGAUGGAGUGGAAUACUGGGGGAAUAAACUCGAUUUGGACACUUCAUCACGUCUUUUUGACUGGGGAGGUCUAUGA